AUGUACUAUAGAAAAUUAUUUACAAUGACACUGGUGGUACAACCUAUACUUUUGAUAAGUGGUGUUAGGACGCAUAAGUCAAUUGGCGGUCCAAUUGGUUUUGUGAUUUCCCCGUCUUUUAUGGGGAAAACGCAGAGUUAUAGGUGUCAUUAUUGUAAAAAUUUGCCCGAACAGAUAGUUUCAAUAGCAGAUAGGAUUAAAAAUUAUGAAUUUAUACCCUUGCCACCAGUGACCAAGCAUCCCAGCAAGAAUUUAUAUUUACCGGGCGAAACGUAUAACAUAGACCCUAUUACUCUUAAAAUCUAUGCGCAUGAGUUAUCACAACUAUUGUGCGGUGCCACGCUAAUUGGAGUGACACAAGUAUCCCAAGAAAGACUACAUGCAAUUUUUUUACAUUUUCGGGACAAAUGGAGGGGCACUAGCCGUUUAAUAAUUUACCAUCAAAACAAAUUUUAUCCCCCCAUUUAUCUGGGCUCAAACGUUGCCACUCUGUAUACCCUCACAAACAUCUCGAAUACAUAUCUUGAAGAUACCCUUAAUGUGUUGAAGAAUCUGGUAGUCACUCAAGUGUCCUAUAAAAUGUCUAGUGUUCAUACGUUGGAAAUUGAUUUGGUGGAUAAAACUGUUAAUAAUUCUAUGUAUAGAUUGAAAUUUGCACCUGGGAACCGUAGGAACAAUUUAACCGUAACAGAUAUUACCAGCGACACUGGAUACAUUGAGCUGUUUAAUUCAGACGAAUGGAUAUUCCCAGAAAAAAAAAGACAAAUUGAUAGGGGAAAAAUGUUAAAAAAUAGACUAAAUGAAUCUAGGCAACUAUAUAAUAGCAUGCACAGUGACAAUUCGUUGAAAAAUACAAUUGAUACAAAUUCUAAUAAAAUAAAUGAUUCAUCAGAUAAUGCAAAUGAUAAUAGCGACAUAAACACGACAUUCAAUGGUAUAGAGGUUAGAAACGUGCCUAAUGACAAUGAUUUGGAAUAUAAUAACUUAACAAAUAUAUUUGGGUCUGGGAAAAAUAAAAAGGGUAACAUACCAAUAGCAAAACUGAUGAACCAGUCAGUCCCUGGGUUAAGCUUGGGGACUGCUGUUGACAUUUGCCGAUCAGCAAAUGUCCCCGAAGAGAAGUUUAUCAAAGAACUAACCAAUAUUGAACUGCAGUUCCUCAUGGAUAAGGUGAAAAUGUGGCAAAAAAUCAGUGUCGAUGAUAACGAACUAUUACCACAUAUAUCGCAAAUCGAUGGUAUAUACUAUUACAAUGUUACAAACUUCAGGGGUAUUGAUACCAGUGAUGUUAAUAUUUACACUAGUGUAAUGGAGAUGUUAUACUGUUACUAUGAGUCAAAUACGAUCCCAUGUCGUCAUAGGGACCUUGCAAAUAAGGCAGCCAAUUUGUGUGAGACUCAGAAAGGAAAGUUAGAGAGGAUGGCAAAUUCAAUAACUCCAACCGAUUCAUCCGAAAGGUUGGCAGUUAUCGAAGAUAAGAUUGACUUACUGGACAACUAUAACAAAUCAAUUUCUGAGUGCAUGUUAUAUACUACAAUGGAUAGCCACCAAAUGUUACUGGAAAUGAUUGAGGAUAUGCAAGAGCUUACUAGCUCCAAGUGUACUGGCACUACAGACCGAAUUAAAUUCAAGGGUAAUGCCCUAGAAUUUGACAAGCAACUGCACAAAUUUACCCAAAACGAUAAUGCAUUUGACAAAUCAAAUCAGAACGCUAGUCUAGCAGCUAGAGAGCGAUUGUAUGGAGGCUUGCUCGCAGUGAAGUGUUUGGUUGAUGACCCUGAUUCGCCAGUGUUGGUAAUUGGCAGAAAUGCGAAACAAAAUGAAAAAAUAAUAAUGGAAAUCGGUAAGCCUGAAGACCUUUGGUUCCAUGCUUCACAUGUACCCGGGGCGCAUGUACUAUUGAAGUAUAAAAAGAAGCUGUCAAAUGAAAUGAUUAAGAAAGUGAUUCAAUUCUCCGCCGACGUAGCCGCAUAUUUUUCCAAGGCUAAGGGGGGUAGAAAAUCAUAUUCAUUGUCAAAUGUAAAGCCCUGUGUUGGAGAUAGUUCUGUGGAGGUUACAAUGGCUAGGUUUUCUGAUGUGGUGAAAGAAGAAGGCAUGGAGAUGGGGGCCGUACUGAUCAGGGCGGGCAAAAUCAUCAAAGCCAAUCCUAGAAGAGCAAGAAAAAAAGUCGAAGAUGCUAUUAAUCAUAGGAUUAAUAGUAGCUAG